AGCAUACACGUCAGGGUGUGUGUGCCCAUGUGUUUGCACAAAUGCCCACGAGAGUGUAGGGCAUGUGUAUGUGUGUGGAGGGAGGGGGGCAUCUCACAAAGUUGUCAAUCGAUUACCACCAGGAGGUUUCUGUGUUUAUUAUUAACGUAGGUUGAAUGAAUGAACUGAUGGAAUGUUAGCUGACCUGGAGGCUGGCUUACUGAAACUAUGAAUACUUAGGAGACAUCGCCAAUGGAAAAGAGGACUCCAGCCUUGAAAGAAAAGCGAGCAAAUCUAAAAAUGUCUGACUUUAAUAACACCCCAAUAGACGCAUCUUUUAUUUGUGUUUUGUGAUUUAUCUGGGUGGAAAGUUUUCUCCAAAAUAGGACUAGAGCAAAAAGAAGAAACUAAUCGAAAAACUGUUCGGCCAGUGGAUCCUCUACUUGUCAUGUCCGUCAAUAUACCAGGCAUUGUGUCCGUGGCUCUCUUCUAUGUGGCCAUUCUGAUCCUUGGAGUGAUAGCCGGCCGAAAAACUUCUAAGAACAGUUCCAAAAAUGCAUUGCUGGUAGCUGAUAGAAGUUUAAAUCUUUUUGUGUCUGUCUUUACUGUUACAGCCACGUUGGUUGGUGGAGGUUAUAUCAAUGGAUCGGCAGAAAGUGCUGCUUAUAGUGGCCUGGUAUGGACCCAAGCCCCUAUUGGAUAUUGCUUGUCACUUAUUGUAGGGGCUUUCUGUCAUAUCCCGAAGAUGAGAAGUGAGAACUACGUCACAAUGUUUGAUCCAUUUCAACUCAAGUACGGGAAAAAGGUCGGAGCCAUUCUCUUUAUUCCUCAAAUCUUAGGUGACCUUUUCUGGACAGCUGCUGUUUUAGCUGCACUGGGUGCCACAAUCUCUAUUAUACUUAGCCUGGACGCCACUGUGUCCAUUGUGGUUUCAUCAGCUGUGGCCGUCAUCUAUACAGUAUUUGGUGGACUGUACUCAGUAGCCUACACAGACGUACUGCAGUUGAUUUUCAUCGCUGUUGGUUUGAUCAUUGCUUUUCCGUUCUCCCUGAGCCAUCCUGCUGUAGACUUGAGCACGAUACAAAACUCUUGGCUAGGCACCGUGCCGACCUCCUCAAUAGCGAGCUACAUUGACACGCUCCUGUUAUGUGUCUUGGGAGGUUUACCCUGGCAGUCUCUGUUUCAAAGAUCGUUGGCAUGUAAGACAGUCUCCAUCGCCAAGUGGUCAGCCUUUCUCUCCGGAUUCUUCAGCCUGUUUUUGGCGAUCCCGCCGAUCAUGAUGGGCCUCGCUGCCAAGGCAACAGACUGGAACUCUACCGACUACAAAGGACCGAUUCCUAUUCCUGAUGAUCAACGGAUCUACAUCCUCCCUCUGGCGUUAAGUUACUUGACACCACUUCCUGUCGGAAUUAUUGGCAUUGGUGUCGUUUCUGCGGCAGUCAUGUCGUCUGCAGACUCAUGCAUUUUGUCCACAAGUUCAGUGUUCACUAAAAACAUUUACUCUGACAUCAUCAGGCCAAAGGCCAGUGAGAGGGAGCUGGUUUGGGUGCUCCGGAUCAGCGUAGUGGUGGUCGGGGUGAUGGGCACUAUCAUCGCCAUCUCUGCCACAACCAUCUAUGGCCUGUACGUCCUCUGCUCGGACCUCAUGUACGUCACGCUUUUCCCUCAGCUCACACUCGUCCUCUGGAUGCCCAGCUGCAACGCGUACGGCUGUGUGGCGGGAUUCUUCCUUUCGUUCAUCCUCCGCCUGCUGUGCGGGGAGCCUGUCCUCGGCGUCCCGGCCGCCCUCAGGUUCCCUUACUACGAUGUUGAAAACAACGUACAGCUCUUCCCGUUUAGGACAUUUUGCAUGCUCUUAGGUACACUGACCAUUGUGGUGGUCUCCAUGGCAACCAACUAUGUAUUCUUGUCGAAGAAGGUUCCCGCUAAAUAUGAUUUCUUGAAAUGCUACAAGCAAAGAACAAUUCGUAUGCACAUCAGCGAUGAGCAAGUUGACCAUACAUACGUAGUGCCAGGGGACAAGACUGAGACAGCAAAUAUAUAAACCUCUAGAUGACCGGACGGACAUUGACAUGAGACGACUGAGGGGGAGGGGGGGGGGGUAAAUAUCAGAAUAUCUAGUUGACCACUGACAAGAGAAAGUUUGAGACUGCAAAUAGAUUCUAUUAAAACACCUAGCUGACCAGACAUUCACUGCGACAAGAGACUGCAGAUCUAGAAACAAAAGUAAAUGUAUUUGAUUAUACUUUUUUGUGGACUAAAUCUAUAUACUUGAAGUUUUUUUUGUUUUCUGUUUGGCUGUAACCAAUUAUUUGAACUGUAACGUUAUGACUAAGUCAUUUAAUACCAUACAUUUAUAUUAUACAUUAAUACCAUACAUUAAUACUAUACAUUAAUACCAUACAUUUAUACCAUAAAUAAAACUUUAUUUCUUUAGAAA